CGCUGAUGGCCAUGGACGGCUACAGAGGGUUCCUGGCGCUGCUAGUGUCAGCGCUGCUCGUCGGCUUCCUAUCGGUGAUCUUCACUCUCAUCUGGGUCCUCCACUACCGAGAGGGGCUCGGCUGGGACGGGACCGGGCUAGAGUUUAACUGGCACCCGGUGCUCCUGGUCACGGGCUUCGUCUUCAUCCAGGGCAUAGCGAUCAUCGUGUACAGACUGCCAUGGACCUGGAAAUGCAGCAAGCUCCUGAUGAAGUCCAUUCACGCAGGCUUAAACUCUGUUGCUGCCAUUCUUGCAAUUAUUGCUCUGGUGGCUGUUUUUGAUUUCCACAAUGCUGGGAAUAUCCCCAAUAUGUACAGUCUGCACAGCUGGGUUGGAUUGACAGCCGUCAUACUUUACAUCUUACAGCUUCUCUUAGGUUUUUUCAUUUUUCUGCUUCCUGUGGCUCCACUUUCUCUCCGAGCAAUUCUCAUGCCCAUACACGUUUAUUCUGGGCUUCUACUAUUUGGAACAGUGAUUGCAACAACACUUAUGGGAUUGACAGAAAAACUGAUUUUUGCCCUGAAAAAUCCUGCAUACAGCUCAUUCCCACCAGAAGGUAUUUUCACAAAUACCCUUGGCCUUCUGAUUCUGGUGUUUGGAGCCCUCAUUUUUUGGAUAGUCACCAGACCACAAUGGAAACGUCCUAAAGAACCAAAUUCUAUUCUUCUUCAGACGAAUGGAGGCACUGCAGAGGGAGUAGAAGGAUCUGUGGCAAUAAACGCUGGGAACCACACAGGCAAAUUGGAUUCAGAGUUAAACACGGAAGUAGCAGCAAGGAAAAGAAACUUCACCCUUGAUGAUGCUGGACAGAGGUCUACCAUGUAAAAUACUGUAG